AGGAAUUGUGGGACUUGUGGUUCCACCACGGAGCGGCUGUGCUAGCUUCACUUGCUCUGCAGUGUGCUCGCCAUGUGGACUCUGGAGUAAACAGGCUCCUCGUGUUAGGUUUGGUCAUCAUGUCAUUUUGCUUUAACUUCGACGUCCCGACACAAAGUGUAAACUCGGACGAAGCGCGUGGACUCGACUCGCAAAACGGCAAGAAAGCCAAUGCUGCUCCAACUAACCAGGACAAUACCAAACCAGCAGAGCCACUAAAAGAGGCCAAAGAGCACCUUCUACCAUCUGACCCACAGUUCCUCCUUGUGGACGCUGUCCCUGAAACACUCACUAUCGGAACUCUUCCUCCUCUCCACUUCCUCAAUGAGACUGUUUUCGAGAAGACGGCCUCAGAACGAGAGGACGAUGAGAAUAUCCUCUCUCGCACUGUGGAGCAGAGGUCUGAUCUCAUCUCCGGUGUGUACGAGGGAGGGCUGAAGGUGUGGGAGUGCACUUAUGACCUCCUGGAGCUCAUGGAGAGAGAUGGAGAGACCUUUGAGAAGAAGGCCGUUUUAGAUUUGGGCUGUGGUGCGGGGCUGUUGGGGAUAUUAGCUCUGAAGAGAGGAGCCAGGCACAUCCACUUUCAAGAUUAUAACAGCACAGUUAUUGAACAGCUCACAGUGCCUAAUGUAAUACUUAACUGCCAGGAGGAUGAUGACAUAGAGAGUGAUGAUGACAAAGAAGGGAGGGGCAAAGGAAAGUUACAAGAGGAAGAAAGUUGUAAGAAGACAUUGAAAGAGAAAGAAGCAUUAAAAGAUGGCAGCACGCCUCCAAAGAAAAAAGCCAUAGACUUAUCUCAGCACCCUCUUUUAUCACGGUGUCGUUUUUUCUCUGGUGACUGGAGUACGUUUCUUUAUUUGGUUCUAAAGGCCAGCCCACAACCCAAAUAUGAUAUCAUAUUCACCUCAGAGACAAUCUACAAUACUGCUUACUACCCCACUCUCCACGAGACCCUCCACAAACUGCUAGCACCAGAUGGACUCGUCUACCUCGCCACCAAAUCCCACUACUUUGGUGUAGGUGGCGGACUCCACCUGUUUGAGACAUUUGUGGAGCAGAGGGGGACUUUCUCUGUGGAUCACCUGUGGGAUGGGGAGGAAGGACUUCAGAGACACGUAGUAGUCCUGCGUUUUAAAAAACCAAAAGAUACUUGAAUAAGGUGUUUGAGAACCUUAUGUUCUGUUAACCCGUUAAGACCUAAGAUGUUCUCCAAAACCGAAGCAUUGUUUCAAAACCACCUUGUAAAAUCUUAGGAGCUUACAGGAUUGCAAAUGUCUAUGAAGACCUAUUUCUCAGGCAGAUAGAGACAUGAAAUAAAAACAUUUGGCUGUUGUUGCAAAACCAUUGUCCUUUCCUUAGACUUUGUGAACAGGUUUUGAAAAAAAAAUAAAGAAGGCAAACUCUUCCGAGCUAGCCCCUCUUGUUCCUCCUCCUCAAACACGUCUUUUACUGACUGAGCCUUGGUCCGUGGAUCACAAGUAACGUCUACUUUAAUAUUUUUUUGCCGGCUUAGAGCGCUAACAAGCUACUUUACAUAUAAUGCAUUUCGACUCUCCCAUGAGCAUUUCAGCGAAUUAUGAUGUAUUUCGUUCGACACAUGUUUUAAACUAUGCCGUUGUGGAUGAGACGCUGCAAGAGAGACAUACCCAAAUGGCCUUAAAGGUAUAUACAUGCAUAAACUGCAUCUGUUCUAAAUGGGUUAAUGGAUUUAUUGUUGUAGAGUUCAAUAAUUUUCAUGAGAGCUUAAUAAAAUGAUCAGAAUUGUU